AGCCAUUCCUGGCCAGAGCAGACGGAAGUGACGCGGAGAGCGGCGGCUAGCAGCGCCUGCAGGAGCCAAACCGGGGGUCCCUUAGACCGGAAGGGGUGGAGUUACCGGAGAACCGAGUGAGUGACGUCAUUAAAUUAGUCUGAUUUUCUACAUAAUGAGUCAGGGGGACACCAAUUCUGCUGCCGUCCCUCAUGUUGCUGAGGAUGUACUGGGAGAUGACCGCUGGCUGUGUCAGCACAACAGGUUUGUCUUAGACUGUAAGGACAAGGAGCCGGAUGUUUUGUUUGUUGGCGAUUCCUUGGUGCAGCUUCUGCAGCAGUUUGAGAUUUGGAGGGAACUUUUCUCUCCACUUCAUGCAUUGAAUUUUGGUCUCGGUGGAGACACAACGCGCCAUGUUCUUUGGAGGCUUCAGAAUGGAGAGCUAGAGAAUAUCAAACCUAAGGUCAUAGUCUUAUGGAUUGGUACCAACAAUUAUGAAAACACAGCUGAAGAAGUUGCCGGUGGAAUAGAAGCUAUCAUAAAACUCGUCAACACACUGCAACCCCAGGCGAAAAUAAUUGUAGUGGGAUUACUACCCCGUGGAGAGAAGCCGAAUCCACUGCGUGAGAAGAAUGCGCAGGUGAACCAGCUGCUGCGCUCUUGGCUUCCACGUCUCCCUGGGGUUCAGCUCCUGGAUGUAGAUUUCGGAUUUGUCCACUCGGAUGGCGCUAUCUCUCGACAUGACAUGUUUGAUUUCCUCCACCUCACAGCUGCCGGUUACACCAAGGUCUGUCGACCACUCCAUGAACUGAUUAUGCAACUCCUGGAGGAGACCCCAGAGGAAAAACUAGUCACCCUGGCCUGAUCAUUGCUUUCCCCUUCACCCCGUCGUCAGUGUUACAUCAUUGGCUGCCCCCUCCCCUUUGCUCACUACCGUUGCCUCAGCUGUAUAUCGACAUGCUCAUUGUAUAUACACAGAACUCAUACACACCCGCAGCUACCCAGCUUUUCCUGCAGUUCCCUAUUAUUGUCUCAUAUUAUUGGACACUUAAAUCCCCAGUAUAAUCUGAUGGAUCCUGCACAUGGGAGCAGCAAGAAUCUUGGAGCAGACUCUAAAUCCUUGAAAAAAAAUGCAGUGUACAGUGACCAUGACGCCCUCCGCGGGACAAGAUGAUGUGGUGUGUGGUGUAUAUGUAGGAGCUAACGUCCAGGGCACCACUCCUGAAGUGAUGGCUGGCCUGCCCAUUGUGUAUUAUUAUAAUUUUUUUCUUUUGCUUGGCAUAGAAUCCGACUGGUAUCUGCAAUGGUUUGCCUAGGUAAUUAAUUGGUAAGGAGGGGACCCCCAGGCAUGAGAGGGUUAAGUUUACAAAGCCUAGCAUUAAUAGCGGCACAGCUGAGACGAGUUAGCUUCUCCCUUGCCAUAUUGCAGUUCUUCCUAGAUUAUUUUAUGAAUUGGUAAAUGUGUUCUUUGACUGUCCCCUCGCCGCGCAGUCUCGGAAAAUGUAUGAGUAUAUAUAUAUGUAUGUGUAAUGCUUGUAUGAAGUGUACGCUCGCUAGCUGUGGUCGAGCCAGGGACCAAAGCUGGAAAAUGACCCUCAGAAGUAGGACAUGGGCAUCCUGGGUAACAGCAUGCGGCUUAGAAAAGAAGCAUAGAGCAAUAUGUAACAUAGCCAUAACACAAUCAAGUAUAACGUGCAGAAUUAGGGCCAAUGAGAGCGCCAGAUAGCGGGGUAUACCCUAUAGUGUUUGUACAGCUUUAAAUCUCAGCCGUAGAUCUCGCCUCUAUAGAGCUUAUGCUUCGACGUACGGUAUAAUGUUGUCAUGUGUGUAUGGAGAGGAGUUAUAAAACUAACCAUGGAACUAC